AUGAGUGCAAUCGUGGUCCUUCCCAACGGCUCCACGCUUGAUGUGUUACAUACCAGCGCAUCAGACGCCCUGCACGAGCUGUCGACUGUCCAAAUUUCGCUGACUUGGAUACAUGUAAUUAGGAAGUACUGGCUCCUCGGAAAGCUGCGAGAUGCCGAGACUAUUUGCACUAGGGCUGCUGAAUUAUUCCAGCGCGACGCUCUUAGUAUCUCCAAGCUGUCGACUCUCAAGGGAAAUCUCUAUUUGGACAUUGCAAGGGAAUCCCCAAAGAUUUUGCUAUCAAAUCCCAGUGAGGAUGUCCACGCCGGUGACACCAAAUGCCGCAAGGAUUACAUGCUCGCUGCCGCCGCUCAAUUUGUUAGUGCCGAUAAGUCGCUCCAAAGCAUCGGUGAAGUCUCUCAGAUCAAUUCACCACUCUAUCUGGGCAAGGCGUCCUUGCAAUUGGCGCAGGGAAACCUUGAUGAAGCCUUUAAAACGUUUAACGCCAUUCUCAAGAACCAUACUCGCAAUGUCUUUGCUUUGAUGGGCAAAGCAAGAAUAUUGCACGUCAAGCGUCAUUACGCUGAGGCUUUGCGCGUCUAUCAGGAUAUUCUUAGGAUAUCUCCUCGCGUAAAACCAGAUCCAAGGAUCGGCAUUGGUUUAUGCUUUUGGCAACUCAAAUGCCCCCUUGAAGCAAAGGCUGCAUGGGAAAGAAGCGCUGCUCUUAACCCCAAUUUGUACGCUCCACAGCUUCUGUUGGGUCUUCUGAACAUCAACGACGCUAAAAAGCCUGAUGAGCAAGAUCACUACCGUGUUAAGGCGUACAACAGGGGUAUCAGAUACGUACAUACUGCAUAUAAACUCAACGAAAAAAACUCCAACGCCGCAAAUGUUCUAUCGUACUACUUCUUGGGUAAACGGAAGCUUCCAGUGGCAAUAAAGUAUGCUGAACGCGCAAUUCAAUAUGCUGAUGCUAUACCCGUUCUUGUCGAUGCUUACAACAAUUUAGCACGCGUACACCACCUUAGCGGAAAUACUGAUGAAGCUCUUCGCUGCUACAAAGUCGCAUUGGAGCGCUCUCCAAAUAAUAUUGUGGCGCAGCUUGGUCGAGGACAGCUGCUUCUGAACGAUGAAUCAUUAACGCAGGCUGUUCACCAUUUUGAUAAGCUGGUUCAAUCUCAGAGUCAAAAAGGAUUGGCAAAUCCAGAGGCUUUGUUAGUUCUCGCAACUUUGCGCUCAAAAGUUUUGCCUGGUAUAUCUACGAAUGAGCUACAAAAGAACAAAGAAUCCGCUCGCGAGUUGUUCGAUAAGUUUUUGAAAACGGUGUCGAAAGCAUCCUCACCACAUGAAACAGUCAGAGGUCUCGGUAACGAAGCUGAAACUUACGUUGAACUGGCUAGGCUUUGGGAGAAAGACAAUAUAAAGAAAUCCAGUGAGGCUUACGAGCGGGCAUGUAAUGUACGAAAAGAGCAAAAUCUUUCUAUGCCGAUCGAGCUUUUGAACAAUGUUGCAGUGCUUACAGCAAAGAUUGGCAAUGUGGAUAAUGCAGUAUCUUACCUCCAAGAGGCAGUUACUCGACUUGAUAAUGGUGAAUCUAAUACAAGAGACUUUUGCAUUAGGAAUAUAGAUAUCAAGCAACAUAUUUGUACUAUGAAAUACAACUUGGCGCGGAUUCUUGAAGACGGAAAAGAUGUUCAACAUGCCAAGAAACUUUACAUGCAAGUCCUCGAAAUUCAUCCAGAGUACUUUGAAUGUAAAGUGCGACUCGCUUCACUUUAUAUGGAUGAAAACAUGCCAGAUGAAGCUCACACAUUACUCAAGGAGGUGCUCACAACGUGGAAUGACCACAAGAACUUAAGAGCAUUCUACACAAACUUCUUGAUGCGAUAUGAUAUGUCGUCAGCCAAACGGUUCUGCGAUGAUACACUGAAGAAGGUCGCACCGAAUGAUAUCUAUGCACUUUGCGUGUCGGGCUGGGUUACUUAUGUAAAAUCAAGGGAUAUGCGCCCAAAAGUUGGAACCUCAGAAGUGAAAGACCGGGAAAGACAGUUCAGAGAGGCUAUAAUUUACUGGGAGAAGGCUUUGAGGUAUGAUCCAAAAUGUGUUUAUGCCGCUCAAGGACUUGCUAUCGCUAUAGCAGAGAACGUUGUUCCAGAUCCAUCACGUCGAGAUGGUCAAGAGCCAAGUGAAGAAGAAAAUACUAAGGCCAGACGCGAUGCGCUUGGAGUAUUUGCCAAAAUAAGAGACUGUCUGGAUGAGGCAUCAGUUUAUAUCAACAUGGGACAUUGCUUCUACGCUCAGGAUGAAUUUGAUAAGGCGGUUGAAGUCUACGAGCACAGCUUAGCUAGACAUGAGGAGGUAUCGUCGCUGUUACAUGCUUGCAGGGCUAAUUACAGCAAGGGAGUCCAAAAGUCGGAUUUCAAAUUUCUCGAGAAGGCACUGGCUUAUGCUCAAACUGCAACAAAGAAGUCACCUAAGGACAAGUCUGUCAAGUACAAUAUAGCUAUGAUUGAGCAGAAAAUGCUACAAGUAGUGCUGGAUACACCAAUCGAGAAGAGGGCUCUUAGGGAUUUGGAGAGAGCUAUAGAAUUAUCACCAGAAUCACAGGAGUUAUUCGGUCAGUUAGCUGCUGAGGAACCUGCAACAGUGCCAUUUAGCAUAGACCUUGCCGAGCAGCGUCAGGCGUUUGGUGAGGGACUCGCCGUGCGUGGGCCUGGUGAAAUCGAAAAGCAGCAGGCGUAUGAGGCAGAGAAGGUGGAGAAGAGUGAAAAGUACAAACUGGAGAAGGAGGCAGCUCAACAGAAAGCGAAGGAAGAUGAGGCACACAGAUUAGAUAUGAUCAAAAAGCGCAGCGAGGAGUUGGCGGAGAAACGCAAGCAGGCGCAAGAGGACAUAAAGAAUUUACGAGAAACACUUAAGGCAGAAGAAGAAGCCGAGGAGAGGAGUAAGAGCGAGAAGAAAAACAAGACCAAGAGGAAAGGCUCUGAGGAUGGCCAAAGUGGUGAUGAAGAAGCGCCAAAGAAACCUAAGCGCAAGACGAACAAGAAGAAGAAGCUUCGCAAGAAAGCGGGGUCAGACGGCGAAGAGAAUGGAGCUGCACAGGACGAGAAUGGCGCUAAGCAGGAGAAUAGCGCUAAACAGGAGAAUCAAUCAGCGUCUGAGGGCGAAGAUGGGAACGAUGGAGAGGAGAAUGAGAAAGCAAAGCCAUCCAAGCCAAUGAGCCGGAAAAGACCGAGCUCAGUUUCAGAAGAUGCUGAGAGGAAGAAAGCUAAAACGUCGCAGCUUUCCAAAGAGGUAAUCUCAGAUUCUGGAGAAGAAUAA